AUGAAAUGUGCAGUGAACAUAUAUGUUAAGGAUAAAGUUGUUGUUGAGGAUGAAGGUGGUGUUAAUGAUGAUGAUGGUGCUAAUGUUGAGGAUAAAGGUGGUGUUAAUGAUGAUUAUAGUGUUGUAAAUUUUGAUGAUGUAGGUGUUGUAAAUGAUAAGGAUGAUGGUGUUUCUAAUGUUCAAGUAUAUGAGGUAGAGCAUGGUGGAGUUAAUGUUAAAGUAGAUGAGGGUUGA